AUGGCCGACACGGUGGAUACUAGGUCCAAUGCUGUCCUAGUUAUUGUAAUUCUCGGCAGCAUCCUUUCUACAGCGGCAUUACUGGUCCGGGUAUAUUCUCGUCAUGUUCUAUUGCACACAUUCGGAAAAGAUGACGCUCUCAUGAUUGCCGGUUGGGUCUUCCUGAUCGCUACGGCAGUUGCUGUAGGCCUUGAGUACCACUUUGGCAUGGGAAAGCACAGAUGGGAUAUCACACAUGAUGACUACGUCUCAUACAUGAAGGCAAGUGCCUUUUUGACCUCGACGGUUGUUUACAGCGUUGCAAUAUACCUUGUAAAAAUCUCCAUCAUUUUACAAUACUGCCGAAUAUUCAAAGACACUCGCUUCUACCGAUUCUACUUUGGCGUCAUGCUACUCCUAGCAGUUUGGACUGUCGUCAUGUCGUUUCUCUUGAUUUUCAUUUGUGUCCCCGUCCGUCGAUUCUGGGACGAAAAUGCUCCGGGAAAAUGCAUGAACAUGCUAGCCCUGUGGCUGUCGGUUGCCGUCAUCAACAUGAUCACCGACCUCACCUGCUUCCUCAUACCGAUACCGCCACUGCUCCAGUUGCAAAUGUCCAGGAACAACAAGAUUCUUCUUUCGGCAAUCUUUGCCCUGGCCCUUUGCCCCUGCGCCAUAUCCGCCUACCGCGUCAAGACGCUCAUUGCCGUCGCGAGCUCGAGCGACCUGAGCUGGGAAAACAACAACACGGCCCUGUUUACGUUUCUGGAGCUGUGCACCGGCGCCGUCGCCGCCUGCUUGCCGGCUUGUCGACCGGUGCUCGCCAAGCUCAUGCCGCGCCUGUUUACCUCGUCGACCCAGCUGCGCUCGGCCAAUAGCGUCGAUCUCCAGAGCCACCACCACCGCCAGACGCAGAAUUCUCAUCGCCAUCAUCAUAAUGAUGAUCAGCUGUCGCAGCAGGAGCGCCGGCUGUCGGUGCCGUCGAGCAGUAGUAUGCAUGGCAAAGAUUCCAUUAGGGGCAAGUCUGACUGGGGGAGUACUCGGGAGCUCAACUUGGAGGAUAAUGAUCAAGAGAGCUUGUAA